UUUAUUGGCUAUUGUAGCGUGUAGGCUGAGUAUUAGUGACCCACAGACACUCCUGCAGCCAGGACAAGGAGUAAUAAUACCACACUGUCUGUACAAACUUGUCUUAAUAUAUUUAGAGAAUAAUUCGCCUUAAAUAAGCCUUAUUUUUUUCCUUAAAAAACAACAUUUUUACCACGCGGGAACCGGGUACUCUUUCAAUGGAAAUAUCGUUCUGAUGAUUUUUCACUCAUGAGCGGCUGUCACAAUAUAACUAGCUAGAUAGCCUGUUGUGAAAACUAUCAUUCAAAGUAUAUUUUGCUGUUUUUUUUCCGUCGCUGUGGGGAAUUUAAUCCAAAACCCAUGGUGCUGUGAUAUACACUGUCUUACUGGAACUGUAGGGAUAGUGGACAGACGCCACACUCUGCGAUGGAUAAUGCUCAUACUAAGACGGUGGAGGAGGUUUUGGGCUUCUUCAGUGUAAAUGAGUCUACAGGUCUGAGCUGUGAACAGCUGAAGAAGAACAGGGAAAGAUGGGGACCCAACGAAUUGCCAGCAGAAGAAGGGAAGUCACUGUGGGAGCUGGUCCUGGAACAGUUUGAGGAUCUGCUGGUGCGAAUCUUGCUGCUGGCUGCGUGCAUCUCCUUUACCCUGGCUUGGUUUGAAGAAGGGGAGGGGACAAUCACAGCCUUUGUUGAACCCUUCGUCAUCCUCCUCAUUCUCAUCGCCAAUGCUAUUGUAGGAGUAUGGCAGGAGCGUAAUGCAGAGAAUGCCAUUGAGGCUCUGAAGGAGUACGAGCCAGAGAUGGGCAAGGUGUACCGACAGGACAAGAAGAGUGUCCAGAGAGUCAGAGCCCGAGACAUCGUUCCUGGAGACAUUGUGGAAGUCGCAGUUGGUGAUAAGGUUCCAGCUGACAUCAGGCUGACGUCCAUCCGUUCCACCACUCUGAGGGUGGACCAGUCCAUUCUGACAGGGGAGUCUGUGUCGGUGCUCAAACACACAGACCCUGUACCAGACCCCCGUGCUGUCAACCAGGACAAGAAGAACAUGCUCUUCUCUGGCACCAACAUUGCAGCAGGCCGUGCCAUCGGUGUUGUCGUGGCAACGGGGGUGCAAACAGAGAUUGGGAAAAUCCGAGAUGAGAUGGCCUCAACUGACCCUGAACGGACCCCACUACAACAGAAACUAGACCAGUUUGGAGAACAGCUGUCUAAGGUCAUCAGUGUGAUCUGUGUGGCAGUGUGGGCCAUCAAUGUGGGACACUUUAACGAUCCAGUCCAUGGAGGCAGCUGGCUGAGAGGAGCUGUGUACUAUUUCAAGAUCGCUGUCGCACUGGCUGUAGCUGCCAUACCAGAAGGCCUCCCAGCAGUCAUCACUACUUGCCUGGCACUGGGCACCAGGAGGAUGGCCAGGAAGAAUGCCAUCGUCCGCAGCCUGCCAUCAGUGGAGACGCUGGGUUGCACUUCGGUUAUCUGCUCUGACAAGACAGGAACACUGACCACCAACCAGAUGUCAGUCUGCAGGAUGUUUGUAGUAGACAGUGUGUCGGGGGAGCGCUGCAGCCUGAGCGAGUUUUCAGUGACUGGAUCUACUUACGCCCCUGAAGGGGAAGUUUAUAAGGAUGGCUCAGUGGUGAAGUCCAGUCAGUACGAAGGCCUGGUGGAGAUGGCCACCAUCUGUGCACUGUGCAAUGACUCAUCACUGGACUACAAUGAGGCAAAGGGUGUGUAUGAGAAGGUUGGGGAGGCAACAGAGACUGCCCUCUGCUGUCUGGUGGAGAAAAUGAACGUGUUCGACACCGACCUGAGAGGACUGAGCCCUGCUGAGAGAGCUACAGCGUGCUGCUCUGUGAUUAAGCAGCUGAUGAGGAAGGAGCUGACGCUGGAGUUUUCCAGAGACAGGAAGUCCAUGUCUGUCUUCUGCUCAUCCAAUAAACUUACCAGGUCGGCUUCUGGAGCCAAGAUGUUUGUCAAGGGAGCUCCAGAGAGCGUGUUGGAGCGCUGUAAUUAUAUCAGGGUUAGCGGUUCGGCUCGUGUGCCUUUGAGCUCGGCGGUACGAGAGCAGCUCCUGUCCACUGUGCGGGAAUGGGGAUCAGGUCGGGACACGCUACGUUGCCUCGCCAUGGCAACCAGGGACAAUCCCCCUGAUAUCCACUGCCUCAACCUGGAGAACACAGCUGCCUUUGCUGACUAUGAGUCGGACCUGACCUUUGUGGGCUGUGUGGGCAUGUUGGACCCCCCCAGGAAAGAGGUGCUUUGCGCCGUCAGAAUGUGUCGGCAGGCUGGCAUAAGGGUCAUCAUGAUCACAGGUGACAACAAAGGGACAGCCCUGUCUAUCUGUCGGAGGGUGGGCAUCAUCACGGAGCAGGAAGAGGAGCAAGAGGGCGCGGGGGUCAUCGGUGGCCUGACGGGGCGGGAGUUUGAUGAGUUGCCCCCUCACCUGCAGCGUCAGGCCUGCAGGACGGCACGAUGCUUCGCCCGGGUGGAACCAGCACACAAGAGUCGUAUAGUGGAGUACCUUCAGAGCCUGAGUGACAUCACUGCCAUGACAGGUGAUGGGGUGAACGACGCACCUGCACUGAAGAAGGCGGAGAUUGGCAUUGCUAUGGGCAGCGGCACAGCGGUGGCUAAGUCAGCCUCUGAAAUGAUCCUGGCUGAUGAUAACUUCUCUACCAUCGUGGCUGCGGUGGAGGAGGGCCGAGCCAUUUACAACAACAUGAAACAGUUUAUCAGAUACCUGAUAUCCUCCAACAUAGGAGAGGUGGUCUGUAUUUUCCUGACGGCCGCACUUGGCAUGCCUGAAGCGCUGAUCCCUGUCCAGCUGCUAUGGGUCAACCUUGUCACAGACGGUUUCCCGGCAACAGCUCUGGGCUUCAACCCUCCAGACCUGGACAUUAUGUCCCGCCCUCCCCGUUCCCCCAAGGAGCCUCUGAUCUCCAGCUGGUUGUUCUGUCGCUACCUCAUCAUCGGAUGUUAUGUGGGAGCUGCAACUGUCGGCGCUGCUGCCUGGUGGUUCAUGGCAGCCCACGACGGACCAAAACUUUCCUUCUAUCAAUUGUCCCACUACCUGCAGUGCAGUGAGGGACACAUUGAGUUUGCCGGCGUGCAGUGUUCAGUCUUUGAGUCUCCAUAUCCCAUGACUAUGGCCCUGUCUGUCCUGGUUACCAUAGAGAUGUGCAACGCCUUGAACAGUCUUUCGGAGAACCAGUCCCUGCUGAAAAUGCCUCCCUGGUCAAACCCCUGGCUGGUGGGUGCCAUCUGUCUGUCCAUGGCUCUACACUUCCUCAUUCUAUAUGUAGACCCACUUCCGGUGAUUUUCCAGAUACGCCCUCUGUCUUGGCCUCAGUGGGUGGUGGUGUUGAAGAUGUCACUUCCUGUCAUCUUGAUGGACGAGGCUCUCAAGUUUCUAGCCCGCAACUACAUCGAGCCAGGAAGCCAGAUCCAGUCACUGGAAGAGGAGGAGGAGCUGCGGAGGACGGGGGCUAACACAGGAUUUGUUGGUGCCAUGAUGACGAAGCUGCGCCAGUCGCUGAAGGGCGUGUCCUGGUCGUUCGUCCUGAUCUCUGCACCGCUAGUGAUCUGGAUCUUCAGCCUGGACUCUGACAUCACCAACAUCUUCUGGGAGUGA